AGCAUACUCUAGUAAACAAAGCACGUCGGCCAAAUGUGCCGCAGAGAGGCAGAAGUCGCAUCAUGUCAGACCGGUCCCCGGUGCUGACACCGUGCUCUGUUUACCGGGGUUUAUAAUGGGCGGACCGGUGUCUGCAGUGUGUCACAACCUGGCCCGCGCAGGUGGACUAGCCCGACAGGUUUGAACUGGAAGCCCCUCUGUUGUUUUUGUUGUUGUUGGUUUUUUUGGUUUUGUUUUUUUGAAGGCGAUGUAGGAAUCAUGAAGAUAGUCGCAACUGUAGCGCUUCUACACCUGUGUUUGUCUGCCACAGCGGCAGUUUCGGGUAAUGGCUCCACCGAAACGGCCCUGACGGCCGCGCCGGGCGACGUCGCCCUGCUUCCCUGUCACGCCGUCGGUAACGCCGCCCCGUCUCUGACGACGUGGACGAAAAAUGGACGGGAGGUCGCCCGGGGCGGCGGCUCCUCGCGGGGCCCCUCUCCCGCCGCGCGGCGCCUCGCGGUGCUGCGCGACGGGACCCUGAACAUCGCGCGGGUGACGCCCGGGGACGAGGGCAGCUACCUGUGCAACUCCACUCUACCCGGAGACAACGCCUUUCGGGCGCGCGUCCGGCUUCAGGUGGCCGGUGGUCCAGAAAACGUAUCUGUGUCCAUCGGCCCCGCCACCGCCCUGUCCAACGGGACGCUCAUCGCCUACCGGGGCUCGACCGUCUCCUUCAACUGCUCCGGCUCCUCCUACCCCUCUCAGCAGCUGACCUUGGCCUUCAGAGGGGCCUCGUCGGGCGACGACUCGCUGGUUUCGACCUCUGGCCCCUGGCUGGACCACAGGAUAGAGGGCAUUCAACCCAGCGCUCAGGGAGUUUACAGCUGCAGGGCCCGCAACACCGUCUCCCAUCGGGCGGUGAACAAGAGCGCACAGCUGCUAGUAUACUAUGUCCCGGACAGGCACCCCGAGUGUAUGUGGGCCCCAGCACAGGACGCCACCCACGUCCAGUUCAACUGCACCUGGUUCGGAGCGUAUCCCACCCCGACGCUGCGCUGGGCGGAAGACCGGGGCGGCGGAGGAGCAAACGGGAAAAGACGCGUUUAUGCAACGGAGGAGACGGACAGCCUGUCGGUGACACUGAACCGCUCCCUGCUGUCUGACGGGGAGACGCUGAGGUGCAUGGCGCAGCACCUAGCGCUCGCUCCGGGGAAGGAGAUGGGGUGUUCGUUUACCCUCAAGCCUCCGUACCCUGAAGGCGAGCCGCUGGUCACGGCUCUGGAGGCGACCAGCGUAACGCUAACCUGCUCCGAGGCCACGUCCUUCCCCCCUGCGAACACCACGUGGAGAAAGGGGCUCCAGCAGGACAACAUGGCGCGCGGAUCCAAGUAUGUCCUGUCCGUGGAGGGCCCCGUCCUCAAGCUGACCAUACACAACAUCAGCAAGGAAGACGAAGGCCUCUACUUCUGCCGCAGCGAGAACCCCCUCGCUGUCAGCGAGCUGGAAGUCUACCUCACUGUGAGAACCUCCUCUCCAUACACAGGAGCGAUCAUCGGUAUCUUCAUAGCCGCGGUGAUCGUGGGAUCAGCCGUCAUCAUCGCUAAAACGGUUUACUCCAGCCGACACCGGAUUUGCCUGGGAGGUGGCUUUGCGCAAAUGGAGGAGGACAGGGGAGACGUGCUGAGUCUGGUGGAGUCAGACGACGAGCAGGUCUUUCAAGACGCCGUUCCCCGGCUGCCUCCGUUAACCAACGGAUGCCACACGACACUUGUCCAGAUACACCGGAUCCCGUCGAGCGAUCAUGAGGAUGCAGAAACCGCUGACGCAAGCCCACAGCAGCAGGAAGAUACUGUGCAGACAGAAGAGCUGGUGGAUCUUGUAAAAUUUUAGAGACAGUCAGAAUGGAGAGACCGACCGAGGAGACAAGAGCUUCAGCUGUGGUCACCCAGUGUGGGGCCUCGCCUUCGGACCCAGACCUCCAAAAUCAG